AUGCGAAACCUUACACGAGCCGUUACUGUGUUACGCGAACAGUACGCGGCGGCGGCGUCUCGCGAAGGCGGCGCGAGCGAAAGUAGCACUAGGGCUGGGGUUACCAUUUUCGCGAAUGUCGUACCAAAGGAGGAAACGGACCCGAAUGCGCCGUAUACUGUGUUCGAAGUGGCGAGACCGAUUGUGCGGCCGCAAGGGGCCGUGGAGUGUACAGCGGAUUGGUCGCUGGCUGUGCUGUCGGUGGGCGUGAAGGUGAAAGGCGUGCAGUUUGACCGGCGCAUGGUCAUUUUCUUCGGCGGUUUCGAGGUUUCUAGAUCAAUCACUGCGGAGCCACUGGGAACAGAGAUUCACUACUCGUUUGAGCGAGACGUCACCAAUUAUGCACCCAUGCUUAAAACCGCAUCCACUGUCUUUGUGAUUCUAGAGAAUGUCGUCGACGGUGAAUACACUGGGAUUUUCAACGUCACCAUCUCCCUCACAGCCUACAAAGGAACACCCCCCUCCACUCCCCCUUCCCUCCUCCUCCCUUUCUCCACCACCUACCCUUCCUCCUCCUCCUCCUCCUCCUCCUCCUCCUCCUCCUCCUCCUCCUCCUCCUCCCCUUACAUUCUUUCCGGAGCCUCAGCCACUACUCGCAGUGCUAUACAAACACUCUCCGGCUUUCCAACAAAUGUGAUUAAAGCGAAGGUGGAGCUGACUAUGUCAAUGCACGCGGACGACGAGUUUUAUUACCUUUAUUUCCCCAAUAAAUUCUACAGUAGCCUUCCUAGUUCUUUAAAGCCCAAAUUCAAGCCGGAAGGCGGUCCCUUUCGCGAGCUGAAUCUUUUCAUUGACGACCAAUUUGCCGGGGCAAUUUACCCUUUCGCUCCACUUUACACCGGCGCGUUCAACCCGCUGCUCUGGUCGCCCGCUGUGGGAAUCGGGAAUUUCGGCUUCCCGACAGUUACCCUCGACGUGACCCCGUUCGCGGGGGUUUUAUCCGACGGGCAGCCGCACGAAAUUAGGGUUUCGGUGGUGAAUGCAAAGCCCGGGGCUGCAUGGUACCUGACAGGGAUCGUGCACGUGUGGGCGGACUCCGGAGUAACGUCUACUGCUGGGCCCCCACCGACCAUCAAAGUGGCUCCCAGCAGGAGGAAAGAGAAGGUGAAGCUGUUUGAGAGCCCGGUGGUGAAAGCGCUGCGGCUGAUGGGAGUACGGCUGAGCAUCGACGGCAAGUACAGCACGGUUGCUGCGCGUGACUACUCCAUCUCAGGCACCGUUACCACAGCUGACGGCCCGGUUACCACUCUGGUCACGUCCUCCCUGUUAGUGGAUGCAGCAGCAAUGGUGGGGCACGUGGGGGGAGAGGAUGGUGGUCACCUGGCACGAUUUUUGAGGCGCCUAAAACAUUAUACUGGUGGAUCAACGUGGGCAGCAUAA